AUGAAGCUUCUAUUCCCAGAGGAGCUUAUUGAUGAGAAUCUAGAAGGAUUCAAGGAGAAAGUGACAAGAACUCUAAAGCUUUUUCCUAAGGCAUGUGCCAAGGGACAUUCAUGGAGAGAUUGUCUAUCCAGCUGUGAAUCACCCACCAGAUACUCAUUGCAAGGAGAAAAGACUUGGAGGAUCAAGGAUGCCUCUUGUCUCUAUCUUCUCCUAAGUGCCAAGCCUUACAGUCAAGCUAAAGACUUAAAACAAGCGCUGCAUGGGAGGCAACCCAUGAGGAUAGAAGGAGAAAAAGGUGUGAAAACACAAUCCGCGCCAAACCAUUGGCCGCGGACGCGCAAAGAAAUUCUGGCCGAGCAAUUCCAACCGGGCCGACCGUCACGGUCGAGCCGGGAAGGAAUAGCUGCUCGGCCGGAUUGA